AAAAAUUCCUGGUGAAAGACGGCUGGAUUCUCCUGUGGAGAGGGCUGUUGUGUAGUGGUUAGAGCGCAGCAGAGCAUUCAAAUGGCAGAUGUCUGUUAAUUUAACGCCCUGAUUUGACUCCAUACACUUACUCUGUUUGGGAAACAAAUUCAGUUAUAAGUAGUCAGCUUCUCUUAAUGGAUUCAAAUGCAGUGGUGGAAUACAACUAAGUACAUUUACUCAAGUACUUUAGGCUACUUCAGUACAAAUUCCAGAGUGUCUGAGAAGGGGAGUGUUUUUUAACAAUAUGGACAAAGAAGAGAGAAGAUCCUCUAAGCAGUACGGCUCUCUGGACAAGACGCAGGUGGACGAAGCGAAGGAGAAUCCAGCGGAGGAUGUCAUUUCUAUGGCUGACUCCACGAUCACAAUCGAGGACAUCGAAGGAGAGCUGUGCAAGAUUGAGCGGAUAAGAGACAUCCUGGUACGGAGGGAAUCAGAGCUGAGAUACAUGAUGGACGACAUUCAGCUCUGCAAAGAAAUCACAAGGCUGAAGACGGAGCUGCAGAAACUCGUCUCAAUUCCAGACGAGGACAAGUCCAAGGAGGACAGGGAGAAGGAAGAAGAGCUGCUGCAGCAGAUCAACAAGCUGGUGGAGACCAGAGACUUCCUGGUGGAUGAUGUGGAGUUUGAACGGCUGAGGGAAAGAGAGGAAGACAGAGAAAUGGCAGCCUUCUUACAGUCCAAAUUUCCCAAGACAUUGGCUCCAAAAGGUGCUUUGGUGGAUCAAAAGGUGGUGUCCAAAUCCCAGCAGACAUCCUCGCCAUUUCUCACUAAAACUGGACUCACACUACUGAAAGACUGCUGUGGCUUCACCUGCUCCAUCAUGUAACACAACCAAAACUGCCUCUACGUGUGUGUGCGUGUGUGUGUGUGUGUGUGUGUGUGUGUGUGCCCUACUAAGAAAGAUUAUCCUCAUUAAUCUUCAUAUGCUUGUAUGCGUAAUGUAAGCGACGUGUAUUAUAAUAUAUUAUGUGAUUUGCUACUGUGAAAUACUGCGUUUAUAUGUCUUGCAGAGGGGAAGCUGGCUGGCUUAUAGAUAUAAUAAUGUUUUCUGUCCAAUUAAGGUAAUUAGAUAUUAUUAUGGCUGCUCUGACUAUCUGUUUGUAAUGUAUUAGAUGCUGUAAGAGACGUCAUUGAGGGAACAAACUACACUUGCUGUAGUUCUGUAGCGAAAUAUUAUAAUAACAUUGUUAGGACUGCAGCUAGUGAUUACUUUCAUUAUUGAUUAAUCCGGGUUUUUUAAAGAGGACCUAUUAUGCUUGUGUGCUUUUUCCCUUUCCUUUAUUCUGUUAUAUAGUUUUUGUGCAUGUAAAAUGUCUGCAAAGUUACAAAGCCCAAAGUCCACGCCAAAGGGAGUUACUCUCCCCCACAGAAACACUGCUCCUGAACUGCCUGAAUUGCCUUGCAGAGCGCUUCAGACUAAGUGUGAAAAGAGGUGCUGCAGCACAGCCGGUAUGAGAAAAGUAAAGCGUUUUUUGAACUUUAAAGCAUGUAAACAUGUUCUAGUAGAAACCCAAAAUACAAGUAUGCACCUGAAAAUGAGCAUAAUAGGUCCUCUUUAAAGUCUAUUCUCAUUAUUCAGUUAAAUGUUUGGUCCAUAAAUUGGUCCAUUUGGCAGUAGCAGUACAUUGGAGGACAGAUGAAGUUUAUUGAGAUAAUUUAAGAUGACAAUUUUAUGAAUAAAAUAAAAAUGCAGAAAA